AUGCUGCUCCGACUUGCGGCAUUGGCCUUGCUGCUUUCUACCAUCUAUGCAUUCUCAUGCAAAGACCAGAGCAACAAGGAUGUCGACUGGUUUAUGGUCUACAAGAUGCCGAAGGAAGUCGACAACAGUGUCAUCGACAUCCAGCAGGGCCUUGCCUUCUACUACAUGGACGUCAACGACCAGACCGCCUUGAAGCCCUCCCCCGAAGCGCUGAACAGCACCAGCCAGGCCAUCGCUUACACAUUGAAUCAAUUCUACGCGGUCAAGGACGAUAAGUCAAUCUUCCACGUCAUGUUUAACGAUGAGCCCUACGGUACCGUAUCCAUGUCGUCGCAGCAGGCCAACAGGAUUAGCAGCCGGAUCGACCCGAUGAAGCUGGCGGUGCAGUUUGGCCAUACUAAAGGAACCCUCUUCUUCAAUGGCCAAACUGGUGUCUGGCUCGUCCACUCAGUCCCGAAGUUCCCCCCUCCGGAUCAGUACCAAUACCCGGAUUCCGGACGUGACUAUGGCCAGACGAUGUUGUGCAUGAGCUUCAAGUACGCUCAGCUGAAGGAUAUCGGCACACAGCUCUACUACAACCACCCCGACAUCUACUCCUCGAACUUGCCGACCACGAUGGCCGCGGCCAACCCCGACUUGGCCAAGCUGAUCACCGGAGACUACCAAAAAGGAGCCGCAGCCACCUCCUCGAUGACGCUGACGACGGCUGGCGGCCAACAGUUCAAGUCGUUUGCCAAGUCGGCUGAUUUCAACGAUGAUUUGUACUCCAAAUUCCUGGCACCAAGCCUCCGCACUCCGUUCCUCGUCGAAAGCUGGCGACGUGGCAGUGAAGUUCCGUUGGAUUGCGGAAACGCGUACCCGGUUAAUGAUGCCCUGUCGAUCAAGGUCGGCGCCAGCCUCGAGUUCAAGUACACAAAGGACCACAGCAAGCUGGCCAGGUCGGCGCUGAAAACGAGCCCAUAUGUCUGCAUUGGAGAUAUUAACCGAAUGACAUCCCAAUACGUGCGUGGAGGCGGCACUACCUGCUUGAUGAACGCCAAGGUCUGGCAGGCGUUCGAUGUGAUGGCCACAAAGAAUACAUGC